UUCGCGCCCAUAGACAUGAACUACGAGGAAGUAUCUGGCUCCGCCUUAACAAUCUUUGGUUUUAGUUUCACUACUUUUAGUUAGGCUACUUUUUUCGCAGGUAGCCUUGUUUGACCCUGCCGACUGAAACUUGCUGAAAUUAAUGGCUAAUGAAGAGUCUACAAAAACGGAGAGGUAGCAUGCACGUUAUGUCACGUCGCUCUUGAUGACGGGUGGAAAGAAAUGUUCAAGAAAAGUGAUCAUAUAGCAUUUUACAGACGGCAUAAACAAAAUCCUGGUGUGCAUUACUGUGUCACUCUGGAAAGCUUAGCACUGACAGAGAAAGGGGCCAGUUUGGAACUCUUUGAGACAAAAUCUCAGGUGCAUUUGCUCUUGCAAGUGAGGGUAUGUCGGGAGAGCACUAUAAGAAUUACCAUAGAUGAGAUCCACCCAGUUAAAAUACGCUACAGAGUUCCAGAUGUUUUGAUUGAAGACCCGGUGUAUGAACAGUUACGUGUGGAAAGGAAAGGUGAAGGUUCUGUCACACUUUCCUGGGGCUUGGGUCAGCACCAAGUAUGGAUCCAAGAGACUCCUUUCAGCCUGGAUGUCCUUUGUGUGAAAGAGGUGAUCGCCACUCUCAAUCCAAAUGGGCGGACGUUGUUUGAGACCCUGCAAGAUCCUCCAAGGCAUGACUCCACAUUAAAUCAGGGAGAUCCAUCAGGCCUAUGGCGAGAGAGAUUUGGACAAUUUGUAGAUGUGAAAGCCAAUGGUCCAAGUUCUGUUGGUAUGGACUUUUGCCUCCAUGGCUUCAACCAUGUGUAUGGCAUUCCAGAACAUGCAGAUAGACUCCGACUGAAAGACACCAGUGGUGGCGAGCCAUACAGGUUGUACAACCUGGAUGUGUUUGGCUACCGUACCAACAGCCGGCUAGGCCUCUACGGCUCUGUGCCACUGUUGUUUGCACACAAGUCUGACAAAACCCUGGGGCUCUUCUGGCUCAAUGCUUCUGAGACCCUUGUAGAUGUGCACUACCACCCCAAAGAUAGUGAGGAGGACGUAGCAGCCCCAGUGAAUAGGAGUAGAACGCCCAUCCAGACAGACGUCCAUUGGAUCUCAGAGAGCGGAGUGAUUGACUGCUUCAUCCUCACAGGACCCACGCCCUCGCAGGUCCUCACUCAGUAUGCACAGCUGACAGGCUUCCAAGCUUUUCCACCACUCUGGUCUCUUGGAUACCACCAAUGCCGCUGGAACUAUGAAGACGAAGCGGAUGUGAAGUCUGUGGACGCUGGCUUUGACCACCACUCCAUCCCUUACGAUGUGAUAUGGCUGGACAUUGAGCACACAGAUGGGAAACGCUACUUCACCUGGGAUUCAAAACACUUCCCCAACCCUGUUGCACUCCAACAACACCUGGCGAGGAAAAAAAGGAAGAUGGUGGUAAUCAGUGACCCCCAUAUUAAGGUUGACCCUGACUGGUCCCUUUACUGUGAGGCCAGAGAUGGAGACCAUUUUGUGAAGGUCAAAGAUGGAGGCGUCUACACAGGCUCUUGCUGGCCAGGUGACUCCAAUUACUUGGACUUCAGUUGUCCACAGACCAGGUCUUGGUACGCUAGAUGCUAUUCUCUCAACAAGUACAAAGGAUCUACAGACUCUUUGUUUGUUUGGAACGAUAUGAACGAGCCCUCAGUGUUCUAUGGUCCAGAGCAGACAAUGCCGAAGAACGCGGUGCAUCGCGGGGGCUGGGAGCACCGGGAUCUACACAAUCUUUACGGCUUUUACCAGCACAUGGCCACAGUGGACGGGCUGAUGACACGCGCUGGUGGAACCGAGAGGCCCUUCGUUCUGACACGCUCUUUCUUCGCUGGAUCUCAGAGGCUUGGUGCAGUCUGGACAGGAGACACAGAGUCCACUUGGGAUCACCUGAAGUUCUGCAUCCCCAUGCUGCUGUCCAUAAGUCUGGCAGGCAUUGCCUUCUGUGGAGCUGAUGUAGGAGGCUUUGUGGGGAACCCCGAGCCAGAGCUGUUGGUGCGCUGGUACCAGGCCGGGGCCCUGCAGCCGUUCUUCAGGGGCCACGCAAACAAGAGCACCAAGCGCCGCGAGCCGUGGCUUUUUGGCGAGGCGGUGACGGCCAGCAUCCGCUCAGCCAUCCAGCAGCGCUACUGUCUUCUGCCCUACUGGUACACGCUCUUCCAUCAGGCCCACACCUCUGCUCUCCCUCCAAUGAGACCCCUGUGGGUAGAGUUCCCUGGAGAACAGAGCACCUUCAGAGUGGACCAUGAGUAUAUGAUUGGUAGUGCACUUCUUGCUUGUCCUGUAACUGCACCAGGUGUUAAAGAAGUUAUGGUCUUCCUCCCUGGCAUCAAAGAGCUGUGGUAUGAUAUUGACUCUGCACAAGCAUUCAGUGGAGAUCAAAACCUGGCUCACCCUGUGACAUUGGACAACGUCCCUGUGUUCCAGAGAGGGGGCACAGUGGUGCCCAGGAGAGAGGGCAAUGGCUCCUGCUCCUCGGACUUUCAGAAGCUCCCCCUCAGCCUGACUGUUGCGCUGGACUCCAAGGGCUGUGCUGAGGGGCUGCUUUAUGAGGACGAUGGGCACUCGUUUCAUUACCGAGACAGGAAAACAUUCUCCUUGCACAGGUUCCUUAUGAAGCCAGGGAGUCUUUCAUGCAGUCGUUUUUCUGAGGAAGGCACCUUUGCCACGGGCAGCUCAGUGCAGUCUGUGCUCUUUUUGGGCAUGAGGAGAAAGCCAUCAGCAGUGACCGCUCACGUCUCAGGUGUCCAAGUUCCGGUGAUGUUCCAGUACGGAGAAGAUCAACACACGUUGGUCUUGGGAGGCCUGGGUCUGGGAGUGGGUAGGGACUGGGAAAUCAGGAUGCAGUAGGGAUGCUUUGUUUCCAGCAUGCCGCAUGAGGUAGGACGUUAUUCUAGAAAAGGUCCUCGCUGCUGGGAAAAAAAUGUGCCAUGUUGACAUAUUCUGCCUCUGACAAGUGACUUAGAACAUAUUAUGCCUCAUAUCCUAAAACCAUUUGCUAAUGUUGUCCUGCAGGAAACGUUUAUGUUAAAUGAUAAAGGAUGAUCCGUAUCUCUUAUCUAAAACUAGAGGGUUCUUAUGGUGACAGGAAGUGCUGGAAAUGACAAGACUAAAAACUGUGUAAUAGUUUAAUAGUUUACCUUGAAAUUCAGUUUGAUCUGUGGCUUUGGAAUAUCUUCUGUUCAUUUAAUAAAGUACACAACAUUUUA